CUUUGGACAAGUCACUUAAGCCCAGAUCCUCAAAGGCUAUCUUGGACUACCUGGUCCAUUUGAGGAACUAGGGCCUGGCACACUCUUCCAUUAGAGUUCAUGUCACAGCCAUCUCCGGUUUUCAUCCACCAAUCCAAGGACACACAGUGUUCUCCCAUGAUAUGAUGGUCAGAUUCCUGAGAGGGCUGGAGAGACUCUUCCCGCAAAUACAAGCUCCUGUCCUGCAGUGGGAUCUUAACUUGGUCCUCUCUAGGCCUACUGGCCCUCCCUCUGAGCCACUGGGUUCCUGCUUCUUUUCCCACCUGUCAUGGAAGGUCACGUUCCUCGUGGCAGUGACAUCAGCGAGACGGGUCUCUGAGAUUAAAGCCUUGACUUCAGAACCUCUGUACACGGUCUUCUACAAAGAUAAGGUUCAGUUGCGGCCCCACCCAGCCUUCCUGCUGAAGGUGGUUUCUUCCUUCCAUAUGAACCAGUACAUCUUCCUCCAGGUGUUCUGUGCCAAACUGCACAAGACCAGUGAAGAAAGGCGUCGUCACUCCCUGGAUGUCCAGAGGGCCUUGGCUUUUUACUUAGAGCAUACCAAACCUUUCUGUAAAUCGAUUCAACUCUUCAUUGCUACAGCGGAUAAGAUGAAGGGUCACCCGGUGUCCUCGCAGAGGAUUUCCAAUUGGAUUACCUCGUGGAUAAGGACCCCAUGCAACACAUCUCGAAGAACACUGGUUACGGAAAAGCAUUUCCCAGCAUCUGAGGCGCAUCCUCCCAAAGGCCUCAUGGUGGGCAGUGACAGUGAUCAUGUUCCAAGAAAUAUCUACCAGACCCAUGGAUAUUAAGUAAAUAUUGUACAGAUCCUAGUAGGAAACAAACAGAAACUUGCUAUGAGAA